AGAAUACCUUGCGAUGAGAGUAGUAGCUCGAGUUGUGUGUGGCUUCUUGGUCUUCGUUUUCGUUUUCGUUUUCCUUUUUGUUCACGAUCUCAUCGCUUAUCGAGCGAGGCUGUGCCACUUCAGAUUCGCCACGAGCUGGAUAAGCGCGUACUCCUGGGGGAGCGUGUGCGUGUUUUGUCGCAAAAUCACAUGUAAAGCCACAACAGCGCGCAGUUCGCUGAGUGGUGAUUACCUUAUUGUUCACGCGGCCAAUGAUCGUACAGUAGUAGUUGGACAGACGAACUUAUAACCACCAUCAUGGACGGCCGGACAGAGACACCGCAGAUAAUCAGCGCCACCACCGUACUGUCACUACUCUCAACAGUGGCAAUCCUGGCAGCAGCGUACGGUGCUUCCGUGAGCCUUUUGCCGAAGACCGCAGGCACAAAGAUCCGCAUCCUAUUCGUCUGGCACGCUUUUGACGCGCUCAUCCAUCUCAUACUCGAAGCCAGCUACUUGUGGAACUGCUUCUUCUCAUACACUACGAACACCUCCGGUCUCUGGCAGCCAAAUAAACCGUUCGUGUCCCCCUACCUGCCACCCAAUGUGUACUUCCUUGGGCGUGCCGACCGCAUAUACGGCGCAGACUACGGCUCCUCACCAUUCAGCGCACUGUGGAGGGAGUACGCCAAAGCGGACCGGAGAUGGGGCGGCAGUGAUCUUACAGUCAUCAGCCUCGAGCUCCUGACUGUUUUCAUUGCUGGACCAAUGGCGUUGUGGAUCUGUAAUUCUUUACGGACACAGCGCCCCGACUCCUGGUUCUGGAUGGUCGUGCUCGCCACCGGAGAGCUUUAUGGCGGCUUCAUGACUUUCGCGCCGGAAUGGCUUGCAGGAAAUCCGAAUCUUAACACCACCAAUUUCAUGUACCUAUGGGUUUAUCUGUUCUUCUUCAACACUCUCUGGGUGUGGAUACCGCUCUGGAUCCUAUGGGAAGCGUAUCAGCGGAUUUCAAACAAUGCGCUCUUCGUUCGGCAGAGUGCACCCAUAUUGAGAGAUAGCGAUCAGAAACGGAGAGUAGACGAAAGCACGAAAAAGGUCAAGUGAAUGCGGUGAAUGAGUGGACUACAUUUACACGUCAUCUCUUGGUAUCUACCGAGUAGUCACUUAUUCUGGAAGUCCUCUUUUCCAGGCCAUUUGCGCAUCGUCAGUAUCUUAUUCAAAGGCCAGCCUGAACCGACGCAGUUAUGCUUUCAUGGCUCAUUUCUUCCACUUCCCUGCGUCCUCCACGCCCUUGCCUGCUUGGUUGCCUGCAUCCUCGAUGCCGUCGGUCACGGAUUUCAGUCCAUCACCGGCCUGUUUCGUUCCGGUGGUGUUGUUGACAGUGUCACCCAGACCACGACCUAGAGCACCAAGACCGCCGC